AUGGUCAAAGCAAAUAGCAAACCGGUUCUUGUAGUUGAAAGUAUGUAUGAAAUGCUAUGUAGAAUCCAUGCUAAAAUGAACUUACAUGCAGGACAAAAACAGCUUUGGUUAUCUAUGAACGAAAA